CUGCCCUUCAGCUCAUUCUGAAUAGUCCUCAUCAGCAUUUACUGGGAGGUGUUAAUAGAGAGAAGUGGCGGGACCCAAGCAAUGCAGAGAGGAAGGUGGAGUGUAAUGAUUGGUUGGAGCAGUUGCCAUUCUUUAGAGUCCUACCUUCCGAUUUGUGUUGCUUAGUGGAAUGGGCGGAGGAGCUGGAUAGGAGUUGCGGAGGGAACGGACGGCGGGAGUAGUAGCAGCCUGAGGAAAGCAGCUCUUGGGAAAAGGGCUCCAUCUGUGCAGCACUGCAGGCCUUUGAAUGGAAGAAAGUGACUUCGGAGUUUCUGUCUCUCUUCUACCAUUUGGGAUUUAAUUUGCAUCAUCUCUGAUUCUAUUUAAAAAGAAAGCAGCAAGUCAAACCCACACACAACAUGUUGUUGCGCAGAAGGACUUCCACUCCCUGGCUGUGCUAUUAAUGUUAGCAAUCAGGAAAAGCCUUUGGGGGCUGCAGAUUCUCUAGUCUGAUGCUGCUGCCGCCACUGCCAGUGCUGCUGAAGGUUUUGGUGCAGGGAAUCCAAACUGCUGCCUUUUCCUUCGGCUGAGCUCUUCACAUCUGCAUGUCUCCACUGCUCUCACACACUCCAUCUCCCACCCUCUCUCCAUGGACUGAUUGCUGUUACGGAAAGCCGAGCCCGACCAAGUGAUCACUUUGGGAAGGAACACAGAUUGCAUUAUUUGUCAUAUUCUGGAGGACCUGUUCAGAGGAUAAUCUUUUUUAGGGGUGGAAAGAAAAACAUGACGUCGCCAGCUAAAUUCAAAAAGGAUAAGGAGAUCAUAGCGGAAUAUGAUAUGCAAGUCAAAGAGAUUCGAGCUCAGCUUAUUGAACAACUGAAAUGUCUUGAUCAGCAAUGUGAACUUAGAGUACAGCUGCUCCAGGAUCUACAAGAUUUCUUCCGCAAGAAGGCAGAGAUUGAGAUGGAUUACUCCAGGAAUUUAGAGAAGCUGGCUGAACGGUUUCUGGCAAAAACAAGGAGCACCAAAGACCAGCAGUUCAAAAAAGACCAGAAUGUUCUUUCACCAGUCAAUUGCUGGAAUCUUCUCUUAAACCAGGUGAAGCGAGAGAGUAGGGACCACACCACCUUGAGUGACAUCUACCUGAAUAAUAUCAUCCCUCGGUUUGUUCAAGUCAGUGAAGACUCUGGGCGACUUUUCAAGAAGAGCAAAGAAGUUGGGCAGCAGCUCCAGGAAGACUUGAUGAAGGUCCUGAAUGAGCUCUACACGGUGAUGAAGACCUACCACAUGUACAAUGCAGACAGCAUCAGUGCUCAGAGCAAGCUGAAGGAGGCAGAAAAGCAAGAAGAGAAGCAGAUUGGCAAGUCUGUGAAGCAAGAAGACAAGCAAACACCACGCUCCCCUGAUUCAGCCUCCAGUGUUAAGUUUGAAGAAAAACAUGUCCGGCGGAGUUCAGUCAAGAAGAUUGAAAAAAUGAAGGAGAAGCGCCAGGCAAAAUACACAGAAAAUAAACUGAAGGCUAUUAAGGCAAGAAAUGAAUAUCUGCUGGCUCUGGAGGCCACCAAUGCAUCUGUCUUCAAGUAUUACAUCCAUGACCUGUCUGAUCUCAUUGAUCAGUGCUGUGACCUAGGAUACCAUGCCAGCCUUGGUAGGGCACUCAGAACAUUCCUAUCAGCAGAGCUGAACCUUGAACAGUCAAAGCAUGAAGGCCUAGAUGCCAUUGAGAAUGCUGUGGAGAACUUGGAUGCCAACAGUGACAAGCAGCGUCUCAUGGAGAUGUGCAACAAUGUUUUCUGCCCGCCCAUGAAAUUUGAAUUUCAACCUCAUAUGGGUGAUAUGGUGUCCCAGCUGUGUGCUCAGCAGCCAGUGCAGAGUGAAUUGGUACAGAGAUGUCAGCAGCUGCAGUCUAGAUUAUCCACACUGAAGAUUGAAAAUGAAGAGGUUAAGAAAACAAUGGAAGCAACGCUGCAAACUAUUCAGGAUAUAGUCACCAUUGAGGAUUUUGAUGUCUCAGAUUGCUUCCAGUAUAGCAACUCCAUGGAGUCAGUAAAAUCAACAGUCUCUGAAACCUUUAUGAGCAAGCCUAGCAUUGCCAAGAGACGGGCCAAUCAGCAGGAGACAGAACAGUUCUAUUUUACGAAGUUGAAGGAGUAUUUGGAAGGGAGAAACCUUAUCACCAAGCUUCAGGCCAAACAUGACCUUCUUCAGAAGACUUUGGGGGAAAGUCAAAGGACUGACUGCUCUCUUGCCAGCAGACGCAGUUCUACCAUAAGGAAGCAGGAUUCCAGUCAGGCCAUUCCCCUGGUAGUAGAGAGCUGCAUUCGAUUCAUUAGCAGACAUGGACUGCAGCACGAAGGGAUAUUCAGGGUGUCUGGAUCUCAGGUUGAGGUGAAUGAUAUCAAAAAUGCAUUUGAGAGAGGGGAGGAUCCACUGGCUGGAGACCAAAAUGAUCAUGACAUGGAUUCAAUAGCAGGAGUUCUGAAGCUCUAUUUUCGAGGGCUAGAGCAUCCUCUCUUCCCCAAGGAAAUCUUCCAUGACCUGAUUGCCUGUGUCACAAUGGAUAAUCUACAAGAGAGAGCUCUGCACAUCCGAAAAGUCCUUCUGACUUUGCCUAAAACCACUUUGAUUGUAAUGAGAUACCUCUUUGCAUUCCUCAAUCAUUUAUCACAGUUCAGUGAAGAGAACAUGAUGGAUCCCUACAACUUAGCCAUCUGCUUUGGACCCACGCUGAUGUCAGUGCCUGAAGGCCAUGAUCAGGUCUCCUGCCAAGCUCAUGUCAAUGAGCUGAUCAAAGCUAUAAUUAUCCAGCAUGAAAAUGUCUUCCCAGGACCCAGGGAGCUGGAGGGCCCUGUGUACACCAGGGGCGGAAGCACUGAGGAUUACUGUGAAAGCCCUCAUGGGGAGACAGCCUCCACAGAAGAUGUAGCUCAGGAUAUGGUCACUGAACACCAUACAAGCGAUGAUGAAUGUGAACCCAUUGAAGCAAUAGCGAAAUUUGACUACAGUGGCCGAACAGCACGUGAGCUGUCCUUCAAGAAGGGAGCUUCUCUCUUGCUUUAUCACCGGGCGUCUGAUGACUGGUGGGAGGGCCGUCAUAAUGGGAUUGAUGGUCUGAUACCGCAUCAGUACAUCGUUGUUCAGGACACGGAGGAUGGCACAUCAGAAAGAUCAAGCCCCAAAUCUGAAGUGGAAGUAAAUUCUGAGCCACCUGAAGAAAAAGUGACAGCCAGAGCUGGUUCCAAUUGCCCAAGUGGUAGCCAUGUUGCAGAUAUUUAUCUUGCAAAUAUCAAUAAGCAAAGAAAGAGACCUGAGUCUGGCAGCAUACGAAGAGCUUUCCGUCAAAGUGAUAGUCAUGGACUGCCUAGCUCACUGGGAGAGCCAGGCCCACCAGGAGCUAUGGCUAGUUCUCGCCCUUCCUCGCAACCCAUUAUGAGCCAAAGUCUUCCAAAGGAGGUACCAGAUGCAUGCUCUAUCAGUGGCCAUGGCAGCCUCAACUCCCUCAGCCGGCAUGCUUCUCUGAAGAACAGGAUAGACAGCCCCCACAUUCGGAAAACUGUGACUGCAGGAAGGUCAAAGAGCUUUAACAAUCAUCGACCAAUGGACCCUGAAGUCAUUGCACAAGAUAUUGAAGCUACUAUGAACUCUGCUCUGAAUGAACUGCGGGAGCUGGAGAGGCAAAGCAAUGUGAAACACACACCCGAUGUAGUCCUUGACACCCUGGAGCCACUGAAAACUUCCCCAGUCGUGGCACCCACAUCAGAGCCUUCCAGCCCUUUGCAUACUCAGAUCCUCAAGGACUCUGAACCAGCUUUCCAGCGUAGUGCCAGUACAGCGAGUGAUAUUCCCUGCGCCUUCAGGCCAGCAAAAUCUGUCAAAAUAGCUGCCCAGGUCAAACCUCCAGCAACCAGACCGAAGCCGGCGGUUUUCCCCAAAACAACCACUUCAAGCCCUGCAGUUUCCUCAGCAUCUCAACAGUCUACUGACAAGUCCUGUACUGUCUGAAUUUGAAGUCCUGCUGUGAAUAUAUCUUUUUUGUUUGUUUUCAGAUGAGGGGACCCCAGUUAUGGAAAUGUUAUAAUUUUUAUUUAACUAGUAUCAAACUUCUGCUGAAGAUUAGUUUAUAAAGUUGCUAUAGCCAGGGUAGUUCCCCCAGCAGCAAGCCUCAGCUAUUUAAUCUUCACUUCAGACUUCUUCCAUCAGUGAUACUAAAAGCAUCACAACUUUGGAUAGCCUGAGAUGUAGGAAGUCUUAUCUCUGGUCACUGUGGAGUCAGUGAGGAGAAGGCAAAACUGGUUAGUCUCUUCAAGGUAAAUGCUCAGUACUUUGGGCAAGUGUCUAGCCACUGAGUCCUCAUUUUGGAGGCUGGUAAAAAAAGAUUAUUGUGUUUCAAGCACUACAGGGAAAACUGCAACAUUAUUCCUCCGUGUAUGCAUUUGCUCCUGCUGGUUUUAGUGGACUUGGGCAUAUCUGGAAUUUAUUUUUGUGCAUUAUUACAGUCCUCAGUGGUGCCACAAGGCCUACUGAGUUUCCAUUACAGCCUGCCUCUUUUCCAAGGAACAUGUUCUCAGACAUAAGUUUUCUGUCCUAGGUUUUGUUUUUUGGUUUUUUAAAAAAUCAUGAUAGUGUCACACAAGUGCCUCUUUUGAGGUACAUAUGUGUACACCUAUCCACGUGUUCAUUUAAAUUGUUGUGGUGAUCUAAAGAAUACCAGAGUUUGCUGCAUGGUUAAGCACUCCUCUGGUUGGCAUCUUUGUUUGGUGCUUCCAGAGAUAAGAGCAGCCAUGUGCUUUGAAAGGAGAUGUUAAAACUCUUUGGCUAUGACAGAGUUGGGAGAUAGCAUCAAAAAGAGUUGAGUUUUGGAAGCCAGCUACUGUUCUUUCUCUUUUGCAGCAUUUCCAAAUGUGCAUGUUUAUGUUAGUUUGUAUUGGUUUUUGUAAAAUGACAUAGGCUCAAUUCUAGCUCCACAAAUUCUGAGGAAUCCUAUAAAGUCUAGUUCUGAUACUAACAUUUAGUAGCUUGGGCCUAUAUUUUUCUUUUUCCUUUCUUCCUUGCCCCACCUUUUGUCUCAGACUGCUGGGGACUGGGUGUGACAGCAUAAAGCAAAUAAAACAAAAGCUGUUGUAGGAUAUGGCAGGAGUCUGGGAUGCAGCAUAUGUCUGUGUAGAUCACCAUGUCUCCAAGCUCUCUAUUGAUAGUCAAAUGAAUCGUCUUAGAAUCCAACUAUUUUAGUAUGAUGGCUUAUAAUUGUUCAAGUUUCCCACAGAUGCCCUUUUGCACUGAUGCCCCUUUGCACUGAUUGGGAAUUUAUGUUCCACAUUGGUAAACACUUUUUAAAAGAAUGCACACUUCCAAAGCAACAGAGAGUUCCUCUGCCUCUUGUCUCACCUCCAUCCAAAAGGAUUUUGAAUUAAAAUUGAUUCUGAUGCUAUCACACUUCUCUGAUUCCCAACUGAGAGCAAGAUAAGAAAAUGAAAUAUGCUUUUUCAUGUUAUGGGUCUGAGUACAAUUUCCUUUUCUUAUGGUUUUUAUGAAUGGAAUAGUUAGUAACUGAUAUUUUAAUAGAAGCAAGAUACUUGUCUUCUGUGAACAGACAGUAGUCAUUUCAGAUUAAUCUAAGGCUGUUAUGUGAACAAGCUUUUUUGUUUUGAUCUUUUUUCAAAGGUAGAAAAGGUUGUUUUAAUGAUAUUGAAAGAAGAUUUGACAAUCUCACAAAGAGUGAUAAAAAGAAAACCUUGUGAAAGAUAGGGAACAGUUUUUUCUUCUUACAUUUACUAGUUGUUGCCUUUAGGAAACACUGACCCACAGUCUUUGUGUGAAUGUUACCUCUGCUUGGAUCUUGGCUGGCUCAAGGGAGUGAGGCUUGUCACUUCAGUCUGAUCAUUAGCUCUCAGGAUGAGACAGAUUUCUAAUCCAGGAAUGCAUUUCUUCUCUCUCUUUUUGAAGAUUAGUAUUUCACUCAGGCAAAGCAACUGGAUUUUGUUUGUAAAAUAACAAUAAUUGUUCAGCAUCAUAGGCCACAUUAGAGCUUUAGUACCUGUCAUAAUCAUGUGGCAUGUUACAGAGGAGCAAUUUCUCCCAUUCUCCCAUUACUGUGAUAGGAAGUCCACCUACCUAUUAAACAUAUCCUUGUCAUUAAAUGCUUACAAAAUACUCUGUAGCCCCAGACAUUGGUAUUUCUAUCAUUUUGUUACUACAUAAGGUGGAGAUAGGAGAAAACAGAAGAGCUGCUUUGAAAAACACUAAUGAAGCACAUUAGCAAUGCCUUGUUUUGUCUGAGUUAUGUAUCAAGUCUUGUACCAGUGACUAGCAGCUCAGCCACUUCGUUGUUUUGCUUAUCUCAACAUGGGGGAAUCUACUGACAAGUGUAGCAAAAACUUAGCGAAUAUACAACAUACUGUAUGUCAUCCAACUGGAAUUUAUAUGAUCUUAUAUUGCAAACAUACAUGUAUAAAGUACCUUCCUUAGACAAGCCACA